AUGGAGGAAGAUGAGUCGGAAUUCGAGUGGCCGGAGGCCGAUGCUCCGGACAUGCUCUCAUCCUCGACAAUCGAGUGCAUUGGUCUAUCCAUCGACAGCCUGUGGCUCUCGAACUUGUUAGGGCCCUCAAAAAUGCCAUUUUCGACCAAGGAGAACAUCGGGGCUAACCUAGGGAUUGUGCGGGCUAUCAUCGAAAACAGAGGUUGCACCAGCAAUUUUCUCUCUCAAAUCCUUGGAUUUCUUGGUCUUCUUGUGGAAUUCGAGAUCUAUGUGCUCCUUCAUCGUCUUGAACUCUCCACCUCGGAUAUCCCCAUCGCUGUCGGCGCUCGUUUCCCCCAAUUCGUGACUCGAAACCCUAAUCUCGCUGCCGUUGUGAUUAUCCUUCUCCGGCUCGAUCACGGUGUGACCUUCGAGAGCCCCGCAUUCCUCCCGACAUUCUUCGAUUCGACCCUCGCCUCGCUUUCCGAUCCGCUCCUCAGGUCGUCUACGUCGAAGAGGCUGCACAGGGGGCUCCGAGCCGAGACGACGUCGCACGAUCUGCGCCGCGGCUCGCUCCUGCCGCCGGAGGAGCCCUCGCACUUGGAUACGGCGGCCACUGACCUGCACCGGCGGAGCUCCGGCGGGGAUGCGUCGGGAUUAUUGACCGCUGCGGCGGGGUCGAGGCCGGAGAGGCGCUCGCGGAGGCACGAUGCGCAUAUGCCGGCGGUGGGCUCGCCGGGGUGGCGGCGGCAGUGGGGGAAGCGGCGGACGGGUCGGGUCCCAGCGCGGGUUCGGGCCCGUGAGCGGGAGUCGUGCCGGGCGGUCAUUGGACGGUGA